AUAUCGCCCAGAGAAUUGUCAGCAGACCACGGUGCGGCGCUGCCUACUCCGACGAGUCUGUUCGUGAGCUGUGUUGCAUGGUCAGACAAAGGUGUGAUGUCGGUCAACCUCGAUCUACCGUCGGAGGCACUGUGGUAGAUUUGGCUGUGAACUACCAUCUUCCUCGCCAUGGGAAAUGUGUGUAGUGUCCCACUGGGCCUUCUCUCUCGCUUGCUCAAGUACGGUGCAGACACUAACAACCUCCUGUCACCUCACCUCAUGUCAGUCGGGAGAGGGCGGCAUGGAGGGGACGUGGGGCUGGCAGUCGCGGGAAGUUUCCUCCUGUGGACCGACCUCUACCUCCUUCUCCACCUCCUCAACCGCCGCUGCUCCGCCGAGUGGAACUGCCGGACCAUCACCGCCCUCCACGGAGCCCUCUCGGCCAGCCUGUGCCUCAUUUCCGCCGUGAUUGUGGGGCCCUGGCCGUUCUCCUACGUCGGGGAGAAGAGCACCGAGUUUCACACCGUCAUCAUGGUCAUUAGCCUCGGGUACUUCCUGUUUGACUUCCUGUGGUGUCUCUACAUGCGGACGGAGGGACCGGUCAUGCUGGCCCACCACGUGGUGUCCCUGCUCGGUCUGGCCUACGUACUCUACCAGGGACGAUACGGGAGCGAGCUCACCGCAGUGAUGGGUGCCAGCGAGUGCACCAACCCUCUCCUACAGCUACGAUGGUUCAUGAAAGAGGCGGGCCACUACACGGGGAGGAAGGCCCUGCUCGUUGACUACCUGUUUGUCUCGCUGUUCCUGGCAGCUCGGCUGGGAGCCGGGAGCGUGUUCCACUACGUCUGCCAGACGUCUCCCAAACUGAAUCUCAUUAUAAAGGCUGGCGGUCAGGCCUUCUAUAUCAUCAGUGUAAUAUUUGGCAUCCAGCUGUGUAUGUUCUUCUAUCGCAAGUACUUGAAAAAGAAGAGGUCGAAAAGAGAAAACUAGCACUGCACUGUCUCGUUUUAGGCACAUUUAUAAUAGUGCUUUUGAUUCUAGGCUUUCAAUACUAUCCUGUCUGUUUGUGUGUCCUUUGAUACAUGUUAAUAAAAAUUUUGAAUAACACUGCCAUCAUAAUUAUAUAGCAUCAGCAAAUUAAGGGCAAUGAAAUGUGUGAUAGUACAUCAAUGUAUAUAUAUACUAAGCGGAACCAGCAAAGCA